AGCCAUUUUUCCAGCAGUGGGAGUUUCUUUGCCUAUAUCUGAUGUGCUAAUAAUAAUAUCUAGUUGUUAUAUGUUGUUGCCUAUCUACAUGCAUCUACACAUAGUCAAGUAGGGGUUCGCAGAAGUAUAGGAAAGUUGAGAAGAUGAUCCGCUUCAUCCUGAUUCAGAACCGAGCAGGGAAGACUCGUCUUGCCAAAUGGUACAUGAACUUUGACGAUGACGAAAAGCAGAAAUUGAUAGAGGAGGUGCACGCGUGUGUCACUGUCAGAGAUGCCAAGCACACCAAUUUUGUCGAGUUCCGAAACUUCAAGAUCGUGUAUCGGCGAUAUGCGGGUCUGUAUUUCUGCAUCUGUGUUGAUGUAGGAGAUAACAACUUGGCCUACCUAGAAGCAAUUCACAACUUCGUAGAGGUGCUGAAUGAAUACUUCCACAACGUCUGUGAACUCGACUUAGUCUUUAACUUCUACAAGGUCUACAGCGUCGUCGAUGAGAUGUUCCUGGCGGGCGAGAUACGCGAGACGAGUCAGACGAAAGUUCUCAAACAGCUUCUCAUGCUCAACUCGCUAGAAUAACGCUGCGGCGCACAUCUACCCCAGCGCGACGCGAGCUGCAUUUUCGUUCGGGCAUUUAGGAUGACAGCCGGCGGCGAAAGGACUUCGCGCGGUAAACGGUGGUUGAAAUUUAGGCGCGGGAGGGUUUGAGAUCGUGAGGCGUUGGUACGCAGGGAGAGCUAGUAGCCUGAUAUGCUGGGUAAAUUCCUGCGUGUGGUUCCGUAGUGGCUCCCCUGCCACGAUUCGCUUCCUUUAUUGAAAAUCGUUGUGCAUGUCGUACAGGUGUAAAUGAGGUGUAAUAUAUAUUGUUAAAUUUUCGCAUCCCUAGUUUAGGUGUACCCGUGCUUCUAAUCCAGUGUCCAUCUACCUGUUUCGUAAGCGUAUUCUAGUGAGAGUUGCGUGUGUAGCCACGUGCACGGCUAUUGGACAGCCCAUCACCCAUAAUCCAACGGUAAACAUCAGUACAGUACUUAUUACAAAGUUAUUUGUGUAGCCGUAUGUGCGUGUAUUAGUAGUGGCGUCACGCAUCCAGGAACAGUUCCUAACAGUCUAACACCUGUUGGAAAGUGCCACAUAGAGAUGUGUGUGUAUGUGUAUAUCAAGAGCUCAUAAUAGAGAAGAGUAUGACACCGUUUUAACAGCGUUUUCAACUU